AUGGAAGUAUUUAAGAUGAUAAAUCCUUUCAAUAUAUUAGGCAUAAAUGAGAAUCCAUCUCCAAGAGAUGUAAAAGAUGCUUUUAGACAGAAAAUACGUUCAACAUCAAGAUAUCAAAGAGCAAUAUGUGCAUUAGCAUAUGAUAUGAUUUGUUCAAAAGACUCAAGAAAAUAUAUGAGAUUUGGUAACAAGUUUUCAGUCAAUACAGAAGAUCAUUUUUAUUAUGUAACUACAGGAAAUUACGAAUCAUUUGUAAAAGAAAUUAGAAAACAAAAAUCUUUACUCAACGAACGAGAUGAAUAUGGAAGAACAUUACUUUAUAUAGCAGCAAGAAAUGGUUUUCAUAAUAUAUGUCAUUUCUUAUUAAGAGCUGGUUGUAAUAUUAAUGAAAUUCAAAUUGAUGGAAGUACUGCUCUUCAUGCAGCAGCAUUUUAUGGACAUCAAUCAAUAGUUGAACUAUUACUUGAAUAUGAAGCAAAUCCAAAAAUAAGAAACAAAUUUGGAAAUAAACCUCAAGAGGAAGCUUGUAGUCAACAAAUUAAAGAUUGUAUUCUUUCGAAAACUGAUGAUAAGAUUAAUUCAUUAUUAAAUCAAUUGAAAAGUCAUGGACUCGCUAAAAAUUUAGUUGUCAUAAAAUAUUUUGAUAGAAUUAUUGGUAAAAAAAUUUUGAGAAAUUUGGACUAUUGUUCCGAAUAUUCAACAUCACAUUUAAAUAAAUAUUGGACAUUAGCGUGGCAUGGUACUCGAUAUAAAUAUUUAUCUUCAAUUAUGCAAUAUGGAUUACAAUCAGCUGGUACAGUUUUAUCAUCUGAACAUCGAGUUUCUACACAAGAAGGUCAUAUUCAUUUGAAUAUAAAAGUAGGAUCAAUCGAAAAUUGGGCCAAUGCAAUAUUCAUUUCACCAAGUAUAUUUUAUGCAGCAGAUAGAGUAUAUUCAGAAAGAAUAUUUUCUGAUAAUCAACGAUGGUGUGUUUUAGUUGAAACACGAGUAAAACCAGGUUCAUUUACUAAACAUAAACAGACUCUAUUGAAUCAAAGAGAAUUAUUACCAGGUGAACCAGAAGAUUUAGAAUAUAGAGUAGCUGUAAAAUCCGACGAAGAUUUUAUUCUACGAGUGGAAUCAAAUAGAAAUGUUAUAGUCACUGCUUUGGUUUUUGUAAAUUUAACAUUUCUCGAAAAUAUUGAUGAAUAUUAUCAAGGAGAAGAAUUAUUCGCUAAUUCAGAAGCUGAGCGAGCUCUUUUUCAAUAA